AUGGACAAUAAGGCAGGCGAAAAAACGUCGAAACCAAUAACUAGUAAACCUCUAGACUAUAUCUGCAGUUUUUGUGGUCUUGCAUGGUCGUCUAAGCCUACCAUAUGCACAUGCGGAUCCAUCAUAGAUAGUGAUAUUUCCAAGCCGUACUGUUGCGGAAAAUGCGGCAAAGUCUAUCAAAACAAGGGCAGCCUGAAACGUCAUGAGAAGGAUGAGUGUAAUAAAGAGCCUAAAUUCAACUGUGAAGAAUGCAAAUACAAAACCAAGCAGAAGUCCAAUUUGGAUCGUCACAUUCGCACCCAGCACCCAUCAUCCGUCAUGUUUUCUGUACAAAGCGGUCGAGUGAAACACAGGACAAAACGCAUGACGAAACGCACGACGAAACUCAUGACGAAACGCGCUGCACAUUCCACAAUGCACUUCCGUCACAUGAUGGAAUUUUCAUCACCACUCUUGUUUCUGAAGACUUCUGAGCAACCAUGA